GGGGCACAUCAUCUCUCUCCCAUUCAUUCUCCCUCCAAUGGUCCCUGGCGACCUUCCUUACCAACAUGUGCCAUGGCAUGGCCUCGUGGCAGCCUCGUACGUACCGGCUUAUUGACCGAGCUCCCCGCCGCGAUUGUCCCCAAGGCAGCGGUGGGAAUUUCCAUUCAUGAAUUGGGGCCAGUCAAUCGGUCAAUGGGAAGCCACAGCGAGCGCCAGUGCAGGGCGCGCCACCAGAACCGCUUCACCGACACCCGUCCGAUCAGUUGAGCGCUCGUGGUUCGUUGCCCAGCGCCUCCGUCGGCCUCGAUCACUCACCAUCAGCAGCCACACACCACACGUCGUCUCCCCUCCCCCUCCCCACCCUCCGCCCUUCCUCCAGCGCGACUGGCGGCGUCGUCGUCGUCGUCUCGCCGCCGAUGCCCCUGGCUGGAUCGUCACCCUCUCUCGCAAGAGACUCUGCGACCGUGCCCCGCGUGUUUCAGCCUGGGCUAGCAGCCGAGAUAAAACCAGCAGCGCUAGCACGCAGGGCAGAGACAUGGGCAGCGCGUGGCAAUUAGCUGCUGGCGUUCGCAGCCACCUCACAUCCAUCUCAAUACCAACCCAUGCAAGACCAAGGCAAUGUCGAGUUGAUGACGCCGAGCCGCGUGUGUGGCAUGUGCAGAAUUUCAUAAACUAGAC